GGGCCGUCCCUGUUGGUGGAGAUCAGCCCGCGGAAGGCCCACCUAGUGAUCACUUGAAAAUAUCUCCCAUUCAGACGAUAGUGUGACUCGGCGGUGCGACGGAAUCAUAAGGGGACAAGUCGACGUCUAUUCGUAAAAAAAAAAAGUUACUCGGCCAAGAUGGAUGUGUUUAUGAAGGGUUUGUCUAAAGCCAAAGAGGGGAUGGCUGUGGCAGCAGAGAAGACCAAGGAGGGAGUCGCGGUUGCAGCUGAAAAGACUAAAGAAGGAGUUAUGUUUGUAGGUAACAAGGCCAAAGACGGCGUGGGCUCAGUGGCUGAGAAGACCCAUGGAGCCGUCGGGAACAUUGUUGCUGCCACGGGCCUGGGGAAGAAGGACGAAUUCCCUGCUGACAUGAAUCCUGAGGAGUACGGGCAGGAGGCCAUGGAGGGCCAGGGAGAUGCAAUGCUUCAGGCAGAAGGGGAGACAUAUGAUGAGUCCCAGCAGGAUUACGAGCCAGAAGCGUAAAAGCACCAGCCGAAGCUACCAACAAACCAGCAGCACAGUAAUAUUUCUAAUAAUAAAAAGGACAAAUGCUGAAAUGAAUCACUAUUAUACUCCCGUUGCAAAAAAAUCAACACUAAAAGACAAGCAUUCCCACUUAAAAAUGUUCUUCCUUCAAGACAAAUCUUUUAUUAUUAUAUAUUGUAAAUGUCAUGUUAUUAAUGUAAUGUGUUGUAGGUAAUUAUUGAGCCGUAGGAUUGGUCCUCUCUGUCUCAUUUCCUUGACUCCCUCCCAAUGAAAUGAGACCAGAGCCAGGGCCGGUGACUUUGUACUUGUGUGUACCUGUAUUUUGAAAUGUGCAAUAGAUGUUUGUCAUCUUCCAAUGAGACAUUGGGAGCGGAAAAAAUAAAUAUGUCCGGUUGCAAGCAGAUAUGAAAACAAUAAUACCCUCCUAUGUGUCGACAAAGCCUGUUUGUGGGUUCUUUCUUUUUUGUUUUGCAUUUCUUUGAACUUUUUUGAAGUGAGAGUUUUUUACAUUGUAUCUUUAUAUUUGCUUGUGAAAUCAUUCCAGUAAAUCUGUAAUCUCUGACAUUGACAGAGUAUACAUAUUUGUGUGUGCGUGUGUUUGUGUGUACUGAAGAUUUUAACGAGUUAAAGUCAAUAUAAUGUCUUGAAAUCAUAAUGGUUGUCAUAUCAAUACGUGCUUUCAAUUGCAGGACUUGUCAAUAUAAAGGUUUAUGUGUUAAGCCAGACAUACAUUCCUCUGUAAAUAAAGAUUAAAAACAGAAA